UUCUGAAGUGCAAAAACCAUCAAUCAGCGCAAACGUAGCUCGGUUUCCGAUCCAGUUGGAGAUGUCUUCUGGGUCGAGGAGCUCAUCCCGCGGCGCGGAGUGGAGCAAAAAAGAGAACAAGCUGUUCGAGGAUGCACUCGCCUACUACGGCGAGGGCACGCCCGACCGCUGGCUCAAGGUGUCCCGCGCCAUGGGCGGGACCAAGACGGCCGACGAGGUGCGCCGCCACUACGAGAUCCUUGAUAGCGACAUCAAGCUGAUCGACUCCGGCAGGGUUCCUUUCCCCAAGUACAACACCCAGGGCCGGGGGGCUUGGAACUGAUUCAUCAAUCAAGGAGCAAAGCUUCUGAAUUUUGAAGAUCCUGCAAAGAGCUUUCCAUCAAAAAAAGAGAGAGAAGAUCCUGCAAACAGGAUAACCUGUUGAUAAUCUAGUCCUUAGCUGGGACCAUGUUAUUGAAGCAAGCAUAAUUAUGUACCGUAUAACUAAGAUUGUGGGCACUUGGUUAGGAAUAAAAGAAGAAAACAUAUGUGUGUGUACAUAAUAUUAAUUAGGUUUGUAAGCAAAUCAAGUGUGCUUGGUCUUGCUGAUGCUAGCUUGUAUUUUUCAUUGCGUACAGUAUUACUCAUCUCCAAUAAGUUUUGGAGUAAACAUCUGUG